AGCUGCUAUACUGUACAGUGUUGUCUCACAGUCACUGCCAGUGUCAGCCAAGGGGAGCUCCGUUCACCCACCAUCAUGGCAGGUCCCCAAAUGAGAGGCUGUGGCCCCUUGACUGUCAAGUAUCUCGUCUUUUUCUCGAACCUGGUUUUCUGUCUGUCAGGACUUCUGUUGAUAGCCGUUGGCGGCGUUGCUCAGGGCUUCUUCCGCCAGUACAUCCAGUUCUUCGAAGGCCAAUAUGAAACCCCCGCCGUAGGUUUGAUCAUCCUCGGUGCUGUCAUCCUGGCUGUGUCUUUUUUUGGAUGCUGUGGGGCGAAGCGACACAACGUCAUCAUGCUGUGGAUUUUCAUAGGUUUGAUGACCGUUAUUCUGCUGUGCGAAAUAGCCACUGUCAUCACCGUAGCUGUGUUGCGACGUGACAUUGAAGAACUCGUCCAGAAAAACUUGAAUGAAACGAUGAGUCAUUAUGAAGACCCAAAGGCUCUUCCCACAAUGGCUUGGGACGAGAUUCAACGCAAGCACAGGUGCUGCGGAGUGAUGAGCUACCUCGAUUGGGACACCACACCAUAUGGGGCUCACGUCAGUGGUGUCCCUGACUCCUGCUGCAUCGUAGAAAAUUCUGGCUGUGGCCACGACGUCUUUGGGUUCCUGUCCAGUGGAAAUGAUACUGCUGUUCCUAACGUUUACUCAGAUGGGUGUUACCAAGCCCUUUGUGAUGCAGCGAAGGGUAACAUUGGAGCUAUCGCUGGAGGUGUCGUUGGCCUGGCCUGCUUCCAGAUUCAGGGAAUCUGGAUGUCUUCAUACCUGAUCAAGUCUGUGAGAGAGCGCUAUGAGCAACUGUAGGUAAACACUAAGAAGUUUCUGUCCACGAGUUAUUAUUAGCUGGGUCAUGUUACCAAGACCUGGAAUGUAUAUGAAACAUUUGACAUUAAUCAAAAUAUUGUACAAGUGUAUAAUAAUACAUGCAGUCUGUAUAAAUAUUUAAAUCUUACAUUGUCACAUUUUUGUUGUGGUAAGCAGGUUCAUGAAAAAAAACUAAUAAAUAAAUAAAUAUGCAUGAUUUUCUCACAAUUAAGAAGUAAAUUUUUAGUCAUUUUCAGUGAUACGAUUGUUUAAACAUUGUUCUACAUUUAUGUAAAAUAAAAAAUAUAUUUUUUUCUCGA